AUGCACGUUCUGAUUGUUGGGGCCGGCACUGGCGGGCUCACUCUAGCCCAGAAUCUCCGAAAGCAGGGCAUCUCAUACGAAAUCUUCGAGCGCGACGUAGACAGCAAUGCGCGAUUCCAGGGAUGGGCUAUUGCUCUACACACUAUUGUGAAUGAGCUCAUCUCCUCUCUCCCAGAAGAUCUGCCUGAUGUCAGAGAGGCCACCAACCACCUGGCCCCAUUGACCCUUCCGGGACAGUUCCGUUACUAUUAUGGUGGCAAGGAUCAAGGCUAUGGAUUCGAGGAUUCUGCUGAAGUGCCAUUUAUUCGUGCAGAGCGGUCUCUACUUCGGAAGUGGCUCCUGACGAACCUUCCCGUCCAGUGGGGCAAGCAUGUUACAAAGAUUGAACAUGAUGACGCAGGCGUCGAGGUAUUCUUCCAAGAUGGCACAAGUGCUAAGGGAGAUAUCGUCGUUGGUGCCGACGGAGUUUACAGCCCUGUCCGAACAACUCUUCUCCAAAAGCCUAGCAGCGACCUCCUUCAGGUUGUCCCCCUAAGCGCCAUCGUGGGGGAACUGAAUCUAUCCGGCGAUGCCUUUACACGCCAGCUUGCUCUAGGCCAUAGCGCCUACAACCUAGUCAACCCGGAACUUGGCUUCAUCGGGUUCGUCGGACUCCACAAACUCCUCCCCGACGCCACAUCCGGGCGGUUCUACUGGAUGUUCAUGCAGCCAGAUGCAGAGGUCAACAGUUCCCAACACUGGCUCCAGACAUCUAGCCAGCAGGAAAAGCUGGACCACGUCCUCAAGACCACGGCAGGGCUACCGCCCAAGCUCCGGGAGAUAUUUGAGCUCACUCCGGCAGAGGGAGUCCGCAAGGAGCCGCAUAUCUGGCGCGACCUCGAACUCGAGAGUCUGCCUUCUAGUCGUGUCGUGCUAUUGGGAGACGCAGCGCACGCGAUGACACCGUCCCGCGGCGAGGGUGCAUUCCAUGCUUUCCUGGAUGCGAUUAAGUUGACUAAAGUACUAGCCCAGCUGAGCGCUGAUAGCAGCGUCCAUGAUAUUGAUGCCGUGAAGGCUGCGGUUACUGGGUACCACGAGGAGAUUUUGAGAAGGGGUGGCGCGGCGGUGCGGGCUUCGAGGUCCUCGUACCAGGAUUCAAAGAAGCGGGCAGAAACUGGAGAGCACUUUAUCACUGGAAUGAUAAAGCUGGAUGACGCGCCGAUUGUGCUCGAUGUCAAGGCCUAG